CUGGCCCUUUAAGAAGAGACAUUUCAAUCUAGGCGUGUUUCCUGCUCCCGAAGAGAAUCCAGCCCUGCUCGCGCAUCUUACGAGGGAGAAGCUGAAGGAAAGAUUAUACUCUGACUAACACAAAUACUUUCUGUAUAAUCGCCAUAGGGUUUCCUUAAUUUAGUUAUUAAUCUUUUUAAGAGAAAAGGGAUCGUAGAAUCCUGUCGGGAUAGACGCUUUUUUAACCAGCGACUUGAAUGACAGUCGGUCAAGGUCCAAUCUCCAGAUGUGCUUUCAGCAUUCACACGUUUAUUUGAUCUAAUUUGAAUCUAAACUUAAACUUCUUUUAACUGCUUUAAAGUGUAUUUUUUUGAAAGCCAUUAUGGGACAUCUUCGCUUGUGGAUGAGAUUUCUUUUUUGUAUGGAUUUUGAGCCCAGGAGGGCAGAUAUGUAGAGCGACGGACUGAUGAUUUAAAGACUUGAACACUGAAGAUUCCUGAGGAAACACACGGGGAGAAACCUACAAACAAAUCUCGCACCUGAAGGAAGAAUUAUACAGAAGCUCUUUGAACCGCAUUGCUGAUAAUCGUUCACGUUUGUCUUUAGUAUUUCCUCCGCCCAGGUUAAUAAUUUAGUGGACACGGCUGCGAUCUAUUUAUUUCAGAUUACAUCGGCAAAAGGCUCAAAAGAUCAGUUUAUUUGCUACCAUGUCGGCGAUCAUGAUAACACGGAAGGCAACUCGAAAAUGGGAGAAAUUACCUGGGAAAAACACAUUCUGCUGCGAUGGACGGGUUAUGAUGGCUCGGCAGAAAGGAGUAUUUUACUUGACGUUGUUUCUCAUCAUUGGAACCUGCUCUCUGUUCUUCGCCUUUGAGUGCCCGUAUCUUGCAGUGCACCUGUCUCCUGCCAUCCCUGUGUUUGCGGUGUUGCUCUUCCUCUUCGUAAUGGCCAUGCUGCUCAGAACCAGCUUCAGUGAUCCAGGGGUGCUGCCGCGGGCACUGCCGGAGGAGGCCAAUUUCAUUGAGAUGGAGAUCGAGGCAGCCAAUGGGAACGUCCUGGCCGGACAGCGGCCUCCUCCCCGGAUCAAGAACGUGCAAAUCAACAAUCAGAUCGUCAAACUGAAGUACUGCUACACCUGCAAAAUCUUCAGGCCUCCUCGUGCUUCCCACUGCAGCAUUUGUGACAACUGUGUGGACCGUUUUGACCAUCACUGUCCCUGGGUUGGAAACUGUGUAGGAAAGAGGAAUUACAGAUACUUCUACCUGUUUACACUCUCCCUAUCUCUGCUCACCAUCUAUAUCUUUGUCUUCAACAUUGUCCAUGUUGUUCUACGUUCUGUGGACUCGGGAUUUGUCAGUACUCUUAAAGAAACUCCUGGAACUGUGUUGGAGGUUCUAGUCUGUUUCUUUACCCUCUGGUCUGUGGUGGGAUUGACUGGCUUCCACACCUACUUGAUCUCCCUCAACCAGACCACCAACGAGGACAUCAAAGGUUCGUGGUCAGGAAAGAACCGUAUCCAGAACCCAUACAGUCACAAGAACUUCAUCAAGAACUGCUGUGAGGUUCUAUGUGGCCCUACAUACCCCAGUGUUUUGGACAGAAGAGGUGUGAUGUUGGAAGAUGCAUGUAGUUCCACUCCAUCUGACGUGUCUGUUGCUUCUACCACUAAAAGCAGCAACCCUGCACCACAAACCACAGAACCCACAGCUCCUCUGAUCCCCAAUGAACACACUCCUGAUGAAGCCAAACCUGGUAUUGCUGCAGGCACACAGAAGUCCAGCAGUUCCCCUAAAGAAGAGAAACCCCCCUCUUCAAGAGACCCUCUAUCAACAUCCCCCAAUGCCAUCGCUUCUACGGUCAUCAAAGAGUCUGCCCACUAGCUUUGGCAGCAUUCUCCAGACUUCUAUCAAAACUGUGAAUGUUCUAACAUUGAGGAACACACACAGAAAAACUUUUUAUGUACUGCAGGGCACAUUGAUGUUGACUCUGAUGUUCAGAGCAGGGGGCUGUGUUCUCUGCUUUCCUCGCAGAAUGCCUAGAUCCAGCCAUAACACUCCGGAAAAGAUCAGGAGGUCUUGAUUACAUUCCUCUCUAAAUCAAAGCAUGAUCAAACUCACAACAUGGGAAAUGUGUACAGCUGUGUAAUUAAUCGGAUAUUGAUGAGAAUGGGCUAACGUGAAGCCUAAUAAGGAAACUCUUAAAGCACUUGUAAAAAAAACAUUUGUUUUCAGUGUCAUUACCUGUUUCUGCAUAGCCUGAGACCAUUAUUGUGUACCCUGUAAAACACACAUUUCUGGCUUCUGUAGUUGUUGGUGCAAAAGGACCAUUGGAUCAGACAUUUUGUUUUCAGAGUGUGAAGGUGCGGCUACACUAGGCUUUGAGUAUGCAAAAUUACUUGGGACACAGCAACAAAUAUGGGCAAUAUGAAAUUAUUUCAUGCUCUAGGGCUUGUUUUGAAUAUAUAAAGGAUAAUACAUUGAGUGUUUUACAAUAUAUCAUCCAUUCCACAACCAUGCAUGUGACUUUAGAUUCUCUACUGGUCAAAUGUCUUUGUCGCCUGCACAAAUUUGCAGGUUAGAGUUCACCAAACUUGAACUUUUUUGUAUGCAUUAACAAACAAAACUUUGUCACAUGCUUGUGUUUCCAUUCACCCACACUCAAACAUCUUUUCACUAUAUCAUUUUCGUUAUAAGAAUUUCUAAAUUUGAACUUUUGUAUGCAACAGAAGAUGAAACUUCUUCGCAUGACCUUGCAUUUCCACUCAUCUGUAGUCACGUGCGUUUGAAUGGAGGUAAAUGGAGCACAAAGUCUAGUGUGACCGCACCAUGACAGUGCGCUUUAGCCAUUGCUUCCUAGUGCGUAGUAACGUAGUUUGAUGUAGCGAUGAACUGCCAUUGAUGACAUCAAGAAAUGACAUCAACUGAAAAGGCCCAACAUUCUACUGAUGUCACUAUGAGCUCUGUUCAGUCAGUAUGUUGCAAAUGUUAUUCAACAGUAAGUUAAAGGGAUAGUUCACCCAAAAAAAAUUUCCCCCCAUGGAAGACAAAAGAUGUUAGGAAUGGACAAAAAAUGAGUAUUUAAGUCUUUAACAUCUCCCUUUAUCUUCCACAGGAGAAAGUCAUAUGUGUUUAAAACAGCAUACAGUAAGAGUGAGUAAAUGGUAAGAGUUUUCAUUUUUGGGUGAACUAUGCCUUUAAGCUCUGACAGAGGAUCUGUUUAUACACUCAGUGUGAAUGUUAGAAAGCAGGCCAGUUCCUUUUGUGGUGGAGGCUGCUCUUUCACAUGGCUGUAGGCUGUGUGUGAGUGUUUUCAUGUGUUAAUCCAUGUGUUUGCAUGUGUGUGUUUGUGUGUGAGUGUUAGUACAGGCAGAUCUAAAAGAUGUUAGUAAAAGUGCCUUACCUAUGCUCUACUAUUACAUACAACCAAGGCCAUCAACAGAGGACCCCUUAAAUUCCAUGUCCUUGUACUAUCCUUGAUAGCCCUAUACGUAAUAAAAGUAAUUUUAAUACAAUAGAAAUUAUGUAUCAAAAAGCAAAAAAGAUUUCAAGCCAUUGUUUAAAUGUAUAUAAUGUAAAAUAACUGAGAAGCUGCAUAUUCCCUGUAAGAAGUAGAAAGAUUUGUCUGAUUUAUUAUUAUUAUUUUGAGGGAAGUUACAACAUUCCCUCCAUAUUUUUAUAUUUUAAUGAGGACACUCCACAACUGCCUCCUUAAAUCCAGCAGCAUACUAAUGCCUGAGUCUCUCGUCUGUAUUCACAACCCAGGGAAGUUUGCUUUCCUUCCUCUUUUAUUUCUUUCAGAUAUUACUACUAGAGGUCAUAUGUCAGCAGCUGAAGGCUUUCCUGUUUUUGGCAGAAUAAAUAACACUUAAUAUUUAUUUAAUGAAUCAUUUACUCACCCUCAUGUUGUUGCAAACCCAUCUGACUUUUUUCUUCUGCGGAACACAGGUGUUAGGUAGUAUGUUAGCCUCAGUCACCAUGCACUUUCAUUGCACCUUUUUGAGGGUGAGUAAAUGAUGACCGAAUAUGUAUUUUGGGGUGAACUAUCCAUUUAAUCUUCCUGUUGGCAUUUAAGCAAAUUUUUGCAUUAAAUUAUGAAAUAUUUUAAAUCAUGCUUGCAAAUUUUUCUCACACUUUCUUUUCACCAUGUUUAAUGUAAGGCUACUUGUCCCAAUGUUUGUUUAAGGGAAUGCAUUAUGUAUUCUGAACAACUAAUGCUCAACUUCACAUAUUUUAACUGUGGUAUAUUGGUGGCAACUUGUAAGAGAACACUGUUUCUGGACAGACCUAGACAUUUGGGACCUAUGGACCUAUAUAUAUGUACAUGAAUCUCUAAACCUUAUAACCAGCCACAUACAGUAUUUAUGUUGUGUGUAUCAGAAGAUUAGACAUUGGCAGUUUUGUUUUGUGUGAAAAGGUGUGGGAGUGAAAUGUAAAAAUGAUUUUAUCUCUGUUUGGUUAAAGGAAUAGUUCACCCAAAAAUCAUAUUUCUCUCAUUAUUUACUUACCCUUAUGCUGUCUCAAAUGCAUAUGAUUUUCUGUCUUCUGGGGAACGCAAACAAAAGAUAUAUUGACAUCAUAUCUCCAUCAAAAUAUCCAUACAAUUCAAGUCAAUGUUGCCCAAUAGAGCAUGUGUACAGCAUUCUGGACAUGCGUCAAGUGUGAGGAAGUGUACUUUGAGCUUCAUAACAUGAUCACACCUAGGAGAUUGCAGAUGUCAAGAUUUACAGUGUAAAGGAGUUUGGUCGGUUCUCACCUUAAACCGAUCAUAUCGCUUCAGAAGACAUGGAUUAAAUCACUGGAGUCUUAUGGAUUAACUUUUAAACCUCUAUGCCCCAUUGAAUUGCAUUGUAUGGAUAUAUUCAAAUCCUAUCUCCAUCAAAAUAUUUUUGUUUGUGUUCUGCAGAAAAAAGAAAGUCAUACAAGUUUGAGAUGGCAUAAGGGUGAGUAAAUGAUAAUUUUUUGGGGAACUAUUCCUUCAGAUCAGCCAACUUUUUUACUGUUGCCAGUCCAGUGCCAUCCUUAGCAGGUUGAAAUGUAUAGGCUGAAAUGCUUGUAAAAUACAUUGAUUUAGUUUGGUUAAUUAUUAGAAUGGAAUAUGGAAGAAAGUUUUGAGGGUAUAUAAUUCCAAUUUUACACUUUAGUGCUAUUCUAACAACAAAACCAACACACUCUACUCCCCCAGACUGUGCUUCUGUAAAACCCAUUUUUAAUUUUAAGCAAAUGGCAUUUCUGUUUGAACUAUGAUUGAUUGCACUGUUAAUGUGUAUGGAAGAUAUGUAAACAUAAGUCAUCACAAAUUGAGUUAUGUUCACUUUGCUUGGUAAUAAUACUGUGAUCAUGUAUAUCUCAUAUUCUUCACUUUAUACUUUUGUGUGUAUAUGUAUGUUCAUUAAAUUAUAUAUGGUAUUACUACAAAUUAUUUUUGUGAUGUAGUUUCAAAAUUUCAAUUUAAACAUUUCUUUGAUAAAAUGUAACACAACUAAUACAAAUACAGUGACAAUACAAUUGAGCAAGACUUUGAACAAUACAAAGACAAACAGGAUAAAAACAGAUUCAAAUUUACAACAAUGACUUGGAAAAAUAAAUGAACAAUGACCAUAUUAUAACCACCACUACCAUAAACAGGAAACAGGCAAGUGCAGUACACAAAACUUUGAGAUAAACAUACAGUGUGCUCUAGCCAUCUUUGUGUUUUACAAAUAUAUAUAUAUAUAUAUAUAUUGUUUUUGUUUUUUGAGUGCACCAGUUGCGUAUUACUCUGUACUUUCAUAAUGACAAAAAAAAAAAAAAAAAAAUAGUAGAAUAAUAGUAUAUAAAAUGCUACUUCAUAGCUAAAGGAAUGAUGAUGAACCAUCUCAGAUAUUAGAAAAUCACAGUUAGGU